ACUACAAAAUUGACAAGUAUUCAAUACCUACCAAAUGACUUAGUCAAUAAUGCAGUAAUAAAUAAAUAUUUCCUUUCCUAAACAUUCCAUCGCGAUAAAACAAUAUAAAUCUGAAAAUGGAGGAUAUGGCGCGUUUAGCCCUAGUCGAACAAAAUAUUAAAGACACCAAUAAGUUCAACGAAAUACUUCACGAACUCUUGCAACUUAUCAACUAUAUUUUAGAUAAUCCUCACGAAAAUGAAAUAAGAACGAUUAAAAGUGAUACGCUCAAAAAAUUGCUAAAUUGCGAAGCUUUCAGUGAUUAUCUUAAAUACAUUGGAUUUCAAACCGGACAAAAUGAAUUUACAUUUCCUAAAGAACAAACAUUAAAUAAGCUGAGAGUUGCUCAGGCGGCAUUAGAAAGAAAAAUAAGUUUCUGCUAUGGACCUUUUAAAAAUAACAGAGCAGCUGGACUACCAAGCUAUUUGCCACACAGAAAAAAAAUACAAUUGACACCAGCCAAUGUACUGGAAACGGAUAAUCAAUUAUUACUAAAGAUUCAAACUCUAUUUAAUGAUAUGAUAAAAUACGAAGAUGAAGAACUGCAACAGACAGCGAGGGAACAUAUCCCAUUAGUAACAUUGCAAUUAAUGGCACUGGAUAGGAUGAGAGAACAACAAAGGAAAAUCAAAACGGGUGAACUUAAAGGUCACGAUAUGUCGUUCGACAUAGCUCUACUGAUGGAGUUGUUGGGUUGGUUCAAGCACAAGUUUUUCACCUGGGUCGACCGACCUCCGUGUGACAGCUGCGGAGGCGAUACUCAGUUUGUGAAGACAAUAUCCAUGAAAACUGAAACAGAAACGUGCAGAGUUGAGCUGUACAAGUGCGCGUCGUGCGGCGCGGACGCCCAGUUCGCGCGCUACAACGAGCCGCGCACGCUGCUGCGCACGCGCCGCGGCCGCUGCGGGGAGUGGGCCAACUGCUUCACGCUGCUGUGUCGCGCGCUCGGGUACGACACGCGAUACGUGUACGACACCACCGACCACGUCUGGUGCGAGGUUUUCGACUACGAAUCAAACGGCUGGCUUCAUGUGGACCCGUGUGAAGGUGUUCUUAACACCCCGCUCAUGUACUCUCACGGCUGGGGCAAGAAGCUGACCUACGUCUUUGCCUUCUCCAGAGACGACCUGCAAGACGUCACCUGGCGGUACACAUCCGAUCACAAAGAGGUGGUGCGGCGGCGCGCGGCGGGGGGCGCGGCGGGCGAGGCGGCGCUGGUGGCGGCCGUGCUGGCGCUGCGGGCGCGGCGCCACGCGCAGCUGUCCGCGCCGCGCCGCACCUACCUCGCCGCGCGCGCGCUGCGGGAGCUGGUCGAACUCAUGCGCGAGAGAAAACCUACAGACUACGAAUCACACGGUCGCAUAUCCGGAUCUAAGGAAUGGAGAACGGCCCGUGGUGAGAGCGGAACGGUAUUCGGUCACGUUUUCCAGUUCGAGAUACCGGGUGAACACACUGUCCAGUACAGCACCGGUUCAGACAUAUACCGGAUAACUAGCAACGGUGUAGAAUUGGAACCGAUUAAAACCUGGGCGGCUGGAGUGUUUCAGUGCGAUAAUGUCUUCAGAAAGGUCGAAAAGGAUUGGAAACAAGUGUAUUUGGCGAGAGAAGAAGGAGAAGAGACCGGCUCUGUGUCUUGGAAGAUAGCGACUGAGGCAGAAAAUGUGGAGUUCGAUUCGUUAGUCAUUGAGUUGACUACUGCCGUUUACGAGGACGGCAAGAUAGAUUGGACGAUACAGUUCGACAACGAUACGCCCAUAUCUGCUGAAUUAGGGGAGGCCCCGGCGCGCUUCUCGCGGCGCUUCCGGCGCGCCUCGCUGCGCGCACGACUGCGCGGCGGGCGCGGCGCCGCGGCGUGGCAGCACGCGCAGCUGUUCCGCCAGCCGCAGGCCGGCGCCGGCGCCGCGCUGCGCCUGAGCGCGCGCCUCGUCGCCGAGUAGCCUCCUCCAGACUCCUCCGGAGUGCCCCCCUCCGCCCCGCGUCGAGUUCCCCCGAGUGAGGCUGUGACUCGAUUGAAUACUUCAAAAUUUCAAAUAUAACUUCACAGAAUUUAAAUUUUAUUUGCACACGUUGUUUUUGCUUCUCUUUCAAAUUCCGAAAAAAAGCACCCGAGUUGGCAUCACCGGUGCACUGCUACUACAUACUACAUAGACAUCAAAAUAUCCUCUAUUAUUAUUGCCCUUUGCCGACUUCCUAUUUGUGACACCACUAUAGAGGUUCAUUUUAAUUCGGUCCACCAGAACGUUUUCUCUCGCCUUUCUGGGUUUACUUGAUGAUUUAAUUCGAUUAUGUCAAACUAUAUUCCUUUUUCAAACGAGUUUUUUUUUUUUGUUAUUUCACUCUUAUAGUUUAAUAUAAAAAUUAUUUAUUAUAUUUUAACGAUUUUCUUUCUUUUUUUUUGUUCCAAAUUAAUUUAAAAUAUAUAUUUACAUAUAUGCCAUAUUUUAUUUUUAUUGUAAUUGGUCUAUUUUGUAAUGCACGGUAUAUCUCUACUUACAUCGACUGUUGAUGUUUAAUGAAAAUAUUGCCCUUUAUAUAUAAAAUGAAUGUGAGGUAAAAUUUCUGUAAUGUCUCUCGAAUGAGAUAAACAGUUAUGAAGUGAUAUAUAAGUGAUAUUUCUCGAUUGCAAUAAAGCUUGGUUGACGUUUU